AUGCAAUUUUGGUUUUCCUGCGCACCAUUGCUGCUCCUAAACUUUACUACAUCAAUACUGCUGGCGCAUAAACACUGCAAUGAUGCAGGCGAAUGUGACGCAAAUCUUCCAGAAAGUCGGAAACAAACACGACAUUCAAAACCCCCUGGAUUUGCGCCGCCACAUCACCAACAUCAGCAACAAGCUACUGCUUGUUUCAGUAACUGCAAUGACGACGAUGACAGCAGCGACAGCAACAACGAUAACAAAAAAAACAGUGACAGCAGUGAUGAUAAAGAUAAGAAUGCAGUUAAUGACAACUGGGAAAACUGCUGUUGUAAUCACCAACCAACCCAUGGUAGCGUAGAUGUCAAAGCAAAUGCUACAAAAACAGCUGCCGAGACUGAAUCUGAAUGUGAUUCUAAUAGCUGUAGUAACUCCGAGAGUGCAGAAUGUGGUGCUGGGACUGGAACUGGCAUUUCCGAUUUGAAUCUUUUGACGAAUUCAGCAAUUCGCAACCCAUCAUCAUCACCUCCGCCUGCUGAACUAACUUCCUGUCCACCACCGCCGCCCUGUCCACCCCCGCCGCCAUGUCCUCCGCCUCCACCGUGCCCUCCAGAAAAUACUGAACAGAGCAGCGCAACGCAAUCACCCAAAAAAAAUCCACCAUUCCUGCUGUUACCAGAAGGUGCUCCUGCUAUACCAUCACCUCAGCUGGAUUUACUAACUGGUGGAACCGGCAUCAGCACCGGCUCCGGCAUUCAGGAGCUUCGACUGCCAACGAUAAGGCCACCGCCAGUACAAUCAAUUUCCUUACUGCAGGUGCAAAUUUUAAUUUUACGUAUUUCCCGUGCAUCUAAAUGA